GGUCGGACACGUUUGCGGCACUCUUGCACUCACCAUAACCUUGGAUCUUUCGACAUCUUCCGACAUCUUCCGACAUCUUCACCCCUUUUCCUAUCACUACCUUAUUUCCCUUACCGGUUGAGUUGGCAGCAUGGCACCGCUCACCAACAUAGACAGCGUGCAGAAGGGUGCACGAGCAAUUGAAGUUGAGAAGGUCGCUUCCCUCGAUGUGGGCAACGUACCGAAGGAUCUUAAUGCAACCCUUACUGGGGAGGAGAAGAAGAUCGUGAAGCGAGCUACACUCAAGACAGACUGGCGUCUUGUGCCAAUUCUCGGUGCAUGCUACUCGAUCAGUGCUAUUGACCGCAUCAAUAUUUCUGCUGCGCGAAUUGCAGGCAUGGACAUCGAGCUCGCCUUCCGAAUCGGCGACCGCUACUCCAUCGCCCUCCUGGUCUUCUUUAUUACCUACUUCAUCUUCGAGAUCCCUAGCAACGUUGUGCUCCGCAAGAUUGGUGCAGCAAACUGGCUUUCGUUCCUUUGUAUGUCCUGGGGACUUGUGACCUUCGGUGCUGGCUUUGCAAAGAAGUGGACUGAUAUCGUUGUUUGUCGCCUCUUGCUUGGUUUGUUCGAAGCAGGCUUCUUCCCCGGAUCUGUGUAUCUCAUCUCGUGUUGGUAUACGAGAUUUGAGGUACAGAAGCGACUCGCAGCUUUUUACAGUAUCAAUGUAUUGGCCAACGGGUUCGGUUCGAUUCUUGCGUACGGCUGUAUGCAGCUUUCGGGGAAGAAUGGCUGGCUAGGAUGGCGCUGGAUCUUCAUCAUCAACGGCGCAAUGACCAUGUGCCUCGCAGUGCUUGGUCGAAUACUGAUUGUCGACUUUCCGGACAAAGUCCUCAGAUCACGCUAUCCAUUCCUCAAGCCCGCUGAAGUCCAGUCAAUCCAGGCCAAGCUGGAGCGCGACCGCCGCGACGCCGAGUAUGACGAGCUCACCAUGUCCAAGUUCUUGUCAGCUUGCGCACGCUGGGAGCUCUGGGUAUUCGCCAUGAAGUUUUUCGCUGUCACAACCAUCGUGUAUGCCCUGGCCUUCUUCAUCCCCAUCAUCCUACAGGGUAUGGGCUACAGCGUGGGAAUGACCUUUCUUCUCUCUGCGCCACCGGCUGUGGCUGCUGUACCGUGGAUCAUGUUCUGCUCCUGGGCAGCUGAUAAGUGGCAUCUUCGCUCUCCGUUCAUCAUCCUGCAGUGUAUCCUGGGAAUCGUUGGCUUGAUGAUUGUUGCGUACGCUAAAGGUAACGGCGCCAGGUACUUCGGUAUCUUCAUGGGUCUUGCGGGAGCGAAUGCCAAUAUCCCUACUGCGCUGGCAUGGCAGGCGAACAACAUCCGCGGGCAAUCUCUACGCAUGGUCGCGUCUGGCCUCCAAGUUGGUUUCGGUGCCAUUGGCGGUAUCUAUGCGUCGACUGUGUUCAUGCAAAAGGAGGCGCCGACCUACAGGACGGGUCUUUGGGCUGUUACUGGCGCGCAGCUGUAUCUGAUUGUGUCAACCCUGGCUAUGGUGUUCUACUACUGGCGCCAGAACAAGAAGGCAGAUCGCGGCGAGGUGGUGCUGGAGGGGAUGGAGAACUUCAGGUACACCUACUAGCUUUGACUAUCUUUGGAGGGUGGGAGGGCAGAGCGACAUGCCGUUGCCAAAACACAAUUCUGGUAUUCGUAGCCUUACAUGAAAUAUUAGUGCCUAGCUCCCCAUUGUGGGGUUUCUCG